AGGGGACGCUGGACAAGGGGGUGAGAAGGCGGCAGAGCCGGCGCAGGGCAGCCUCAGGCCUCGCCAUGCCCGGAGCCAACAGGGGCCAAAAGAGGCAGGAAGGGUCCUUCUGGGGCCUGAGGAGAGAACGCCGUCCUGCUGAUACCUUGACGCUGGACUCCUGCCCUCUGGAACUGUGAGAGAAUGUCAGUGUUAACCACCAAGUCUGUGGCCAUCUGUUGGGCGGCCACAGGAGGUUGACACGAGCCUGACUAAGAACUGGCCGCCCUCUCUCCUCUCCCUUCGCUGGAUGGAGACUGGGCGGGGGGAUUCGCGUCCCUCCAGAAGGUUAUGAAAGUGCAGACGCUGCCCGCAGGGAGCAGAGGGAGCUGUGGAGGCCCCCGACCGAGGCCCAAGGCCCUGCUCUUCCCUUGCCUGAGUCCCCUUCCCUCUCCAUGUCCCCAUCAGGACAUCUGGCUCUCCAAGGGCCCAGCGCUGGCACUUGGGGAGCCACUCAGCGUGGAGGCGGGGUUCGUGGGGCUUGCUGUGGACGGGUCUGACCAUCCCCAUGACUCUGCUUUUGGGCCACGGUCAGCCAGGGCUGGCCUGAGCUAGGCUGGACAUGGGAGCCCAGAGAGGGCCAGAGGGGCUCUUCCUGGGGAAGCAGACGUGGAUGCAGGCCCUGAGAAGGGCUGACCGCCAGCUUAGAAAGCUUCUCCCUGUGCUGGGGCCUGGCCCCGGUGUCCACACUCCCUGUGGUGGGUCCAGGCCUCUCCACCACCUCGCUCUGCUCACCCUUGGCUCUUACCUGAGAUGAAUCAUGGGAGUGGGGGUCCUCCCAACAGGGAGCCGCGGAAGGGCCCAAAGUGACAAGGUUAACUCGCUCGCUGGCCACAGGGCCGGAAGCCUGGAGGCAGGAGGAGGUGGCAGGGGUGUUCCAGGCCCGGUUGACAAGGACCAGGACUUGUGCCACAGCUGCAAAGCCCAUUUAGGGGACCAAGAGCAUGCUUUGAGCCUGAGGUCACUCGGGUAUUGGGCUGUGGCCAACUUGGCCCCAUACACAGCUUCUAUUCCUGGGUCAUGGGCUCCGGCACCAUAUAUGGUGCCACCCAAGCCUGGCACCCCCAGCCAUGGUCAGGCGAGGGUGCGGGCAGCAUUUCCUGUCCCCGUGUCAGACCUAGCCCCCGCCCACCCCGCGGUGGACUCAGAUCCUUCUGGCACAAGGGUCCCAAGCAGCCAGGCCUUGCUUGAGGCUUCCUGGCUGUCCGUCUACCUGUCUGUCCCACCUAGCAGUGUGGCUCACAUUAGGUUAAAAAUGCUCAGGACCAAACUAGCCUCCCUCCCUGCGGGAACAAGACGGGGAAGUGGGCUCUGUCUCCAGGACCUGUGGGGUCCCAGCGGUUCUCUGGGCCCUGGCGCCGCUCUUCUCACGGCUCCCUGUUCACUCGCCCCCUGGUCCACCCUGUCCAUCGACUCGCUCUCCAUGGAACCCGGGCCUCGGCGUGCUCCAUGGGUGCUGCGCCCCGAGCUGCGCCCCAGCCUUCCCGCUCAGCCCUUGUGGAGUCUACCUCGAGAGCCAGGCACAGUCCUGGACCCAACACACCUGCCCCAUGGAGCCCUGUUCCAAGCACAGGGGCGAAACAAGGAAGAGGGGGGACGCGAGUCAGGAUGUGCGCCCGGAGGGUCGGCUGCAGCAGGGCUCUCAGAUGGCGGCCUUGGAAUUUUAGGAUGAACGUGCAGGCGUCAAGAGUGUGUGGAAAGGCCACGGUCCCGUUGUCGGAGAAGGCCAGCUGCUGAGCCGGGCAUGUCUCCAGGAGGCCUGCAGACUGCACAGAUCCCGGCCUCUCUGCAGUGGGCUGCCCAGGCUGCCCUUAAAGAAAAAUGAUGCAGGUGUUCCUGGGACUUUCCAAGGGUUGUAAACGUGGUGUGGAAUAAGGAGGCAGGUGGUGCAGCUGUGAGCUCAUGGUCCCCAGCCUUGCCACUUGUGGCUCUGGGACUCCAGGUGAGGUUUGGAGAGUCUCGAGCCUCCCUUUCCUCAUCUGGAAGUCGGAGAUGAGCAUGGCCCCCACAUGGAAGAAGUCGCUUGGCCUGUAGGGGAAGAUUCGUGUCUACUGAAUGAAUAAAAGAAUGUGACUCUCCAGUGGCCUCCAGUGCUCCUGUCCUGCAGAUGGGAGACCAAGGCUCCGAGUUCAAUGACUUGCCCAGGUCUCACUGCCAGCUCAGGCAGGGUUGGGUGCCCUGUGCCUCCCAGGUGCUCACCCCGCCCUGCCCUGGGGAACAGGGCUCAAGCCUGUCUUGUUCUCCCAGCCACUUGUUUCAGCAACUGGCCAUAUGAAGGUCACCAGGGAAGACUGGGGGUCCAGAGGCAGUAGUACCAGUAAAGGUUACAGGCUGUCGCCUGAGCUGCCAUCUUCACGCUCAGCAUCCGCGAGGCCUGUGGGGAUCUGCCCUGGUCAUGCAUCUAAGGGCAGCCUGAGCUGGCUCUCACAGGACAGGCUGCCCACCCCAGCAGGCCCAGGGAGACAGGCCUCACCAGGCAGAGGCCUGUGUGUCGGGUAGCAAGGCUGUCACUUCCGAGAGUCCUUGCAUGGCUGCACACCAUAGGUGACACCAUCCUCCGGGGUCACGGGUUUGUUACAGAGAGCAAGUCUGUGGCCCACUGCUCCCAACCCAGACCAGCCAGUUCCCACGGGAGGCUCCUUGUGUGAUCGGGGAGACCAUGCCCAAGCCCUCCGACUGCCCGCUGCGGCUACUCCGGGGCACCCCCAGGCAGCGGGUCUGCACCCUGUUCAUCAUCGGCUUCAAGUUCACGUUUUUUGUCUCUGUCAUGAUCUACUGGCAUGUUGUGGGAGAGGCCAAGGACCAAGGGCAGCUCUAUAGCCUGCCUGUGGACAUCCCCUGCCCCCCACUCACGCCCCCAGCCCCGUCCUCCAGCACCCCCCCUCCAGGCAACAUCUUCUUCCUGGAGACCUCAGACCGGACCAACCCCAACUUCCUGUUCAUGUGCUCCGUGGAGUCGGCCGCCAGGACCCACCCCGAGUCCCAGGUGGUGGUCCUGAUGAAGGGGCUUCCCGGUGGCCAGGCGCCCCUGCCCCGGCACCUGGGCCUCUCGCUUCUGGGCUGCUUCCCCAACGUGCAGCUGCUCCCGCUGGACCUGGAGGAGCUGUUCCGGGACACGCCGCUGGCAGCCUGGUACCGGGCCGUGCGGCGGCGCUGGGAGCCCUACCUGCUGCCCGUGCUCUCCGACGCCUCCAGGAUCGCGCUGCUCUGGAAGUUUGGCGGCAUCUACCUGGACACGGACUUCAUCGUCCUCAAGAACCUAAGGAACCUGACCAACGUGCUGGGCACCCAGUCCCGCUACGUCCUCAACGGGGCCUUCCUGGCCUUCGAGCGGCAGCACGAGUUCCUGGCUCUGUGCAUGCGGGACUUCGUGGCCCACUACAACGGCUGGAUAUGGGGCCACCAGGGGCCCCAGCUGCUCACGCGGGUCUUCAAGAAGUGGUGCUCCAUCCGUAGCCUGGGGGAGAGCCACACUUGCCGCGGGGUCACCGCCCUGCCCCGGGAGGCCUUCUACCCCGUCCCCUGGCAGAGCUGGAAGAGGUACUUUGAGGAGGUCAGGCCCGAGGAGCUGACCCGGCUGCUCAAUGCCACCUACGCUGUCCACGUGUGGAACAAGAAGAGCCAGGGCACGCGCUUCGAGGCCACGUCCAGGGCACUGCUGGCCCAGCUCCACGCCCGCUACUGCCCCUCGACGCACGAGAUCAUGAAGAUGUACUGGUGAGGAGCCGGCCUGGCGCCUCUCCUGGAGGUGGGCGGGCAGGAGAGGGAGGUCCGGGCAGCCACAGCCGGGCGUGGGGCAGGCUGAGGCCUGAGCACGGUCCACAGGCCCCGCGGCUGCUCCAGGCUGGGGUAACCCUGGUGGGAACCCCCUCGGCCGGCGCCCUGGCUCGGGUCAGAGGCCCACAGAGCAUUCCAGAACCAUCGGGAGUGCCCGUCCAGACACGUGGCAGGAAGAGUGCACCUCCCACCUGGAACGGCAAAGCAACUUCCUGGGUGACACCCGGAGCCCAGCCAGUGGGGGCUGAGGGCCCCUGAGGGGAGCUCCGAGAAACCUGAGCAGAGGGGACAAGGAAGGAGGGACGAGCUCCCGGGCAGAGCAGAGGUGGCCGCAGUCGAGAGCGCAGGUGCAGAUCCAGGCAUGGGAGGUUUCUUUGGGGAGGACUGAGGGGGCAGCGCUGGGCUGGGGGCUCCAUCCUCUCACCCAGGGUUGUUGCUCAGGUGGCCUGUGCCAGCUGCCCACUUCAUGGGCACAGGGCUGAGGAAGUUCUUUUGAUUCAGGGGAAGAAUUUGAAAGACCCCCCAUAAACUCAGGAGAAUAAUUAUAAUAAACGUGGCUCGACGUCCA